AAGCCUACGGGAAGCUCCGGGGCCGCAGGGGGCGGUCUUGCUAGUCUGGCAGGGUCGUUUCCGGGAGGCGGAGCUCAGACCCUAUUUCCUUUUUUCUCCGCGGGCUCGCGCUCGGUUGGCGCGGGGAUCUGCUGGCUCCGGGGCCUCCUGCGCCAGGGCGAACGCUGCGCCCCAGCCCCGGCGGCAGCAUGGGCGGCGCCCGGGACGUGGGCUGGGUGGCGGCGGGCCUGGUCCUCGGGGCCGGCGCCUGCUACUGCAUUUACAAGCUGACGCGGGGGCAGCGGCAAGGCGGCCGUAGGUUUCGGCUGCGCCCCUCGCGCUCCGCAGAAGACUUAACCAAUGGUUCCCAUGAUGAUGUCCUCAGUGUCGACCAGCUCCAGAAACUCCUCUACCUGCUUGAGUCAACUGAUGAUCCUGUAAUUAUUGAAAGAGCUUUGGUCACUCUGGGUAACAAUGCAGCCUUUUCAGCUAACCAAGUCAUUAUUCGUGAAUUGGGUGGUAUUCCAGUCAUUGGAAGCAAAAUCAACAAUCCCAACCACAGUAUUAAAGAGAAAGCUUUAAAUGCAUUGAAUAACCUGAGUGUGAAUGUUGAAAAUCAAGUCAAGAUAAAGGUAUACAUCAAUCAAGUCUGCAAGGAUGUGCUCUCCGGGCCCCUGGACUCCGCUGUGCAGCUGGCUGGACUGAGAUUGUUGACAAACAUGACGGUCACCAACGACCACCAGCACAUGCUUCGCAGUUACAUCACAGACCUGUUCCAUGUGCUGCUUACAGGAAACGGAAGUACCAAGGUUCAAGUUUUGAAACUGCUUGUGAACUUGUCUGAAAAUCCAGCCAUGGCAGACGGACUACUUAAUGCCCAGGUGGAUUCCUCAUUCCUUUCCCUCUAUGACGGCCACGUGGCAAAGGAGAUUCUUCUUCGAGUUCUUACAUUCUCCCAGAAUAUAAGUAACUGCCUCAAAAAAGAAGGCUGCUUAGCUGUUCAGCCUGCUUUCCCUAAAGGUUCCUUGUUUUUCCUGCUAUAUGGAGAAGAAUGUGCCCAGAAAAUGAGAGCUUUAGCUGAACACCAUGAUGCAGACGUGAAGGAAAAGGUAACAGUCCUACCCAGGUUCUGAUGGUGGCAGUUUUCAUCUUCCAGCUGCCGAGUCUAAACAGUAGAUCUCACAUUUCAUCAUUAACACAGCGGGACCCUGCCAUGGUCUUCCGGUUUAUUUUGAACCAUUUUAUUGAUAUCAGAUGAAUAGAAGAGCUUGUUUUGACAUCAUUUCUUUUCAUUUUGCUGUUUGGUUACCUCCUUGAUGUGACCGGCCCGUUGCCUUAUUUACAAGUAAGCUAACCUCCCGCCCGUCUGAGACCGCAUUCGUGUGUGACUGGCUGGCUGGUUCAGGGCUGCUGCAGGAGCGACCUUGGUCUUGCGCUUGUAAGGAGUUGCCCAGGCAUACCGCUUUCCCGAGUCUAAUCUGAGUCAGACUGGCUUCUUGUCCUCACCACGCCCGUUGGGUAUGGCGGGCUGGGGCCAGUCUGAUUGUCCAUCUGUAGGCAACUGGUGAAAUCAGUUAUCUUAAAAGAAACAAGGAAGCCUGACUGUGCUUAUGUGGAAAGGCCUCCAGAAAAUGUGGAUGUGUUUUUUAAAUGAAAACUAUGCUUCUAUCCGGAGAAUAGUUUCUAGAACAAUAGCCAGAUUCUGGGGAGUGGGACUGAGGAAAGGACUUUUUUAUGUAUACCUUCUUCUACUGUUUGAAUUUUUUUAACCAUCAGCAUAAAUUUUGUAAAUUUUUUAAAUAAAAAGGAAAAAAGUUUCUACACA